AAUAGUUGUUUUGGUCAAGAACUCGUGAAAAAAUGUCUUAAAUGUACAUAUUUGAUUACAUAUUUUUCCAAUCUGCUUUCCAUAACGUAACGAUCGUUAAUCUGGUUUCAGAAGAAUACCAUCGGGGAAGUUUUAUUUUGCCUUCAAAAAUCUGAUAUUCUCCAUUCAUUUCAUAAGAGCUCCAAUGUUUGCCCUCAGCAUGCGCAGUACAGCCAGUUUACUUCCGGGACUUCACAAGUUUAGGUUAGCUGAAGGCGUGCUUGCCUAGUUAAAUGUGCAUAUCUGGAUCAGGGAGGUCCAGGGUACUGUGGUUUGCCGUUGCUACUUAGCGCCAGCAACACAACUAACUGUGGUGCUACUGGAUAUCGACAUAACAUUAAAAACCUUGCAACAUUUAACCUAUCCAGGAACCGCCUGGCAAAUAAAAGCCAAGACAUCACAGAAAACAGCGAACAUAUGAAAAACAUCUCUGCGUAAAUAUACCUUACCGGGUAAAGCUAGUUAGCAUUUGUAGCGAGACGGAUCUAACUAAUGAAUCUUGGUACGACUAGGCAUAAAUACGAGAUGCAGCAGGUCGAUUCCGGGGACUGGGCGGCUAGCUGUGGCUUUAUCGUUAAACUGAACGGGUUAUGGGUGAUUUGACUCGCGUUAGUUUUUUCAUCGAUUAAAAGCCGGUCAGGAAUACGUCGACAGAGUGCCAAAUGCACCGAUGCCAACUAACCAUGCAUGUUGGAUAAGAUUUAUAGGGUUUACCGCUUCUUGUGCCAAAACCGAAGACGUAAAUUAGCUGGCUCUAGAUUACUAAAAUUGCGUGUGAGCAAAACCAGUUUCCACGCGUUCAGUUACUCGUUUUUUUUUUUUGGGGGGGGGGGGGCGGAACUCCGAUAUACCAUAACCAUAGCAAGCUAGUUGGCUCUGUUUUCCGGUGGAGCUGUGCACCCUCACAUUAUAAUUCCCGAUUGUUCCUGAAAGAUAAUCUGCAGCGGGGGGUGUUUUUAACUGGCGAUCCCAGCUGCCUGUGUUUACGGAACCAUAGGAUUAAGUUGGUUUUAAAUCUACGCCCCAGGGCUGGAUCCUUCGGCUGGAGCGAACCCAGUUUAACACAUUCAUCACCGGGAUAGAGGACGAAAGUCCGCGGAUUCACUUUUGGGCCUAGACUAAACCGAGUGUCGGACUACAACGCUACAUCCAAACCACCCCGACUGGGCUCACCUGCAGCACAUUAGAGGCAAGGCUUUCCACCCCAUGAGCUAACCGUGGUAGGACAGACGCACAGUCGGACAGACGGACGGGUCCAGCCCUGCUGAUUUUCCCCCUUUGUGGAUAGGACCGUCCAGAGUGCUCCUGUAUCCCGUCCUGUUGCUGACUCAGGAGGCAGGUCCAGGUGCAUGGUGCACAGGGCCCUAUCCCUGCAGGGGUCCUGGCACUGAAGGGUUGCAUGGGUCGCAUUUCAGUAUGGCUCGGAUACAGGACGGAAGCAGCUGCCUCUAUGGCUACUGCACAGCUAAUGCCCUGAAUUUUAAUCCCUGUCUUCCACAUCACUGAUCUUUUUUGUUACAUCUGAAUUAUUGGUUUAAAGACUCCAGGUGUGUGAACUGAAUUUUUAUUUGAUUGAAAAAUAAUUUAUCAGAUAAGAGGGAUUUUAUAGCACCUCGGACUACCACUCUGCCAGCUGUUUGCCGGUAACGUAAGAAAAAGCAUGGAAACACGCCCGCCUCGCAGAUAACGGGACUAUAGCUCCGGACAACCAUUGAGGAAUCUGGGGUUUCUAACAGUUUUUGGGGUGCUGCCUGAUUGGGUAGCUAAAUUCUGGUGUGUGUGUUUAACCUGGACCUUGUGUGCAUGUGAGCUAGAGGGAAACAUGCCACCUCACCUCUCUUCAUGGGGAUUUGGUGACUAGCCCCUCCCCCUUGUGCGAGAGCCGCCUGACCAAUCUUAGCAGCUGUUUGUUACAAGAGAGCAAUGCUCUUUAAGGUACUGGCAGGAAAGAGAACAGCUAUCUCCAUAACUCUUUCAGAACCAUUCUGCAUUUCACCAACCCCCUUCUCUCCAACACCAGACAAAAGCACACAAGCCCUGCUCCAUGCCAUUCAACAGCCUGUCAGUCAUCACAAUAGUGCCUGUGAUUGGCCCCUAAAUUCAGGAGCUCUCUAGCUCUACCUAUCCUAUCAGUGUACAGUACCUGGGACAUCAGCUGGGCGUCUUCACGUCAUUGCUUUUUAUUUUUCCACUUUUUGUGUGAGUGGAACUUCCCUAGCUGCCCAGGACACACGUGGACCAACUGCCCAGGAAAUGAGUGGACCAGAGAAACACCAACGGGAGAAACAUCUUUUGGAACUGCUAUUAAAGUCACUCUGAGUGCCAUUAAGAGAUUGGAUUGUUUGCGCAAUGGGUACAGAGGGUUUAACUUGGACAAGUUUCUGCCCAUUUAUUUUGUACAGUUACACCAAAUACACAUAAAAUAUUUUGUAAAUUUAUUUCAGAAUUUUUUUUCUAAACGACUGCACUUGUUUUUUUAUUUUAUCACAAUAUCAAUUAUAAUUUGAAUUUGUAAGAGUUUUAAAACAAAAUUGAGCUCCUUGAUUGUCAAGCAAUUGUUGCACAAAUGCAUAAUGCAUGUUGCAGUUCAUCACGACAAAUAAGAUUUUUAAAAAUUCAUCAUUUAAACAUUUUUAUUCUGAGAAUCAGACCAUUUUGAGCACUGAGGUUUUAUUUUGUGUUCUUACUUAAAGCAGUCAGUCUGUAAUAGUACAGCGGAAACAAAAGCAGAAUUUCUGCUCAGCCUUAUUCAUCUGAACGAAGUCAUUUCCCUGUCUGCUACUGCAGUGUUAAUGUACUGGCUGUACAGAAGUAUAUCGCUCAUAUCUAAAAAAAAGAUUUUUAGAUCUAAUUUGAACGGUGAACCUCACUGCUGCUAUUCACACAGACCCCUUCCCAUCCUUGUCUCCAUCUCCCCACCCCUGCCCCUUCAUAAAUAUGCAUACAUUUAGUACCCCGUCCACCAAGAAAGUAGACGACAAAUCCUCUUCACUCUCUGACUCCCCCUCCCCUCCCUAUCCUCCACAUCUUUUCUCUUUAUCCUUUAUUCCCUAAUCCAUUCAUCCCUUCCACCCCCUUAAAUCUCAGGUUAUCCCCCCUUUUCUCCCCCCCCCCCCACCCCGCCCCCUCACUCUCUCUCUCUCUCUCUGCUGUGCUGGUGAUGCCGGGGGGCAGUAAAAGUGGGGGUGUUGGUGGCCUCUCUUCCUCACCACCUUCCUCUCCCUCACGGCCAGUACGCCCCAGUCGCUACAUCCCCGUCUCAGCUGCCACCAUCUUCCUCAUUGGCUGCACUGCACUGUUCUUCUGCUUCACAUGCCCCUGGCUGUCCGACAGGUUCUCUGUUGCCAUUCCCAUCUACAAUGGAGUCGUCUUCCUUUUUGUCCUCGCCAACUUCUGCAUGGCCACAUUCAUGGACUCCGGCAUCUUCCCCAGAGCGGAGGAAGAUGAGGAUAAGGAGGAUGAUUUCCGCGCCCCACUCUAUAAGACUGUGGAGAUCCGUGGCAUCCAGGUGCGGAUGAAGUGGUGCUCCACUUGCCGCUUCUACAGACCCCCCCGCUGCUCUCACUGCUCCGUCUGUGACAACUGUGUAGAGGAUUUUGACCAUCACUGUCCAUGGGUGAAUAACUGCAUCGGCAGGAGAAAUUACCGUUACUUCUUCCUGUUCCUGCUGUCGCUGACAGCGCACAUCAUUGCUGUGUUUGGUUUCGGCCUGCUUUUCAUCCUGUUCCACACCCAGCAGCUGGACCGUGUGCACUCUGCCGUCACUAUGGCUGUGAUGUGUGUGGCCGGCCUCUUCUUCAUUCCAGUAUCAGGGCUGACUGGCUUCCACAUUGUGCUAGUGGCUCGUGGCAGGACCACCAAUGAACAGGUGACAGGGAAGUUCAGAGGGGGGGUGAACCCCUUCACUAACGGCUGUUGGAGGAAUGUCUGUCAUGUGCUGUGCAGCUCUCAGGCUCCCAGGUACCUGCGCCACAGCAGGAAGCCCCAGGCUGUGGUGGUUCAGCCUCCUUUCCUCAGGCCUCAGCACUCGGACACCAAAGUCCAGGACAACGGUAUCCAGGCAGACCGUCAUAGCUCGCCAUCUAAGAGCAGCCUGGACAUGAUGGAAAGCCAGUCUGCUGAUGCAGAGCCCCCUCCUCCAACCAAACCAGAGUUCCGAUACCCCGAUCUGCCCCGGGGGCAGUUAUCCAUGGGGAACACUGAGGAGAGCUGCCUGCUGAAUGAAAACCCUGCCACCCCAACUAUGUACAAGUACAGACCCACCCACAGAAGCCCAGGGAAAAACCACACUGCCCUCACACACUCUAACAAGAUGAGUCAGGGGGACAGUCUGAACGAGACUACCUCUAUCCUGCAGUCCAGUCAGAAGCCCAGCUAUCGCUCUGAGCCCAGUUUGGAAGGGUGCCAACGGAGGGAUAGGGAGAAAGGUGGUGCAGGGGGGCCCAGCUCCGCCCUCUCAGGUUACUCCCUGGGGGGGCAGUCCUACCCCUCAUUCACUGACCCCCUGAUGGGUGACGCCUCACUGUCCUCCAGCAUGCGCUCCACACACACAGCCCACAACACACUGGGCACACUCCUUUCCGAAGGCACCACCUCUACCAGCUACAAGAGCCUAGCCAAUCAGACGCCUCAAAAUGGCAGCCUAUCGUACGACAGCCUGCUGACCCCCUCGGAAAGUCCGGAGUUUGAGUCUGCGGCACCCGAGCUGCGCCCGCCCAACACCCACCCACACUCCUCUGGCACGCCCUCCCAGGUGCUGGGGUACAGCUCACCAUACCUCUCCGCCCAGAUCGCCCACCAGCGUGACCCAGAGCUGCACCAGGCUUCCGCUGUCCUCCUAUCCUCCCCCCCCAAGUCUUUCCUGCGCUCCUCCAGCCUGCCACCACCCCCUCCAGAGAAAGAGUGCCUGCUGCAGGAUCCACGACCCCCUCCUCAGCCCGCUUGCCAAUCCAGACCUCCCCGUCACUCCCGAGCUCCGCUCCUGUCUGAACCCCAACCUUACCUCCAUCCACAUCGCACCCACUCCCUGGGCUCCCCUGAUGCCCCCACCCAAACCCCCUCUUCCCCUGGCAGCAUGCCCCACCCCCCUCUGGUAAAGUCUCAGUCCUAUAGCGAGGGCCCGCCCCCUAGCCGGGGCAGGAAGUGCCCGGCCGCUGGUGGCAGCAGUGGGACCCAGGCUCCAAAGGCUGAGAUUCAGAUGAAGCCAUAUAGCCAGACAAACGGGCAGCCAAAAUCCGCCCACCCCUCCCUCCCUCCUCCUUCCCAGCCAAUAAGCUGCUCUGCCUGCCCGGGCCUGGCCAAUCACAGUUCUUCCCAGCUGAGCCCCACCCAUAAGCAGGGGGGUGGGGUGAAAAAGGUGACAGGCGUCGGGGGAACCACCUAUGAGAUCUCGGUCUGAUUGACAGGCAGCUGUUUGCACCAAUGAGGGAGUGGGGAAUUCACAGCUCACCACCCUCUCACAAAGGAGAAGGAUGUGAGACGAAUGAAAAGUUCCGUUGCUACUUUCACCUCCAAGCAUGAGUGACAGUUUAUACUUUCUGUGAUUGACUGACAAGCCCACGGAUGGGAACUUUGCCUCACGCACUUUCAUUCAUUUAAGCAAACGUUUUGGGCCCAGGAAACCAAUAACAACUGAAAAGAAGCAUUGCUCAGCCAGCCAGUCAGACAUCAGCGAAACUUUGUGGGUGUGGCAAAUGGGUCUAAAAGAACAUAUAUUCAGAAAUUGUUUUAUAACAUAAAUUUAUAAUUGAUUCAUACUAAGAAAUAAUCUGCACAGGAGUAAAAAUAUUUUUGGCUUGGCUGUUCAACAGACCGCAGUGUCCAAGGAAGGGGACUUCUAAGGCCUCUGCUGCUGUGAUAACCAACCAUCAAUCACCAUCCUCUGUUAGAAAUGCACAAGCAUGUCAGGGAGACUUUGGAUGGGGAGAGAUGCAGAAAAGGUGGAACUCUUGGGUAGAGAGAGACGAUGGAUUGGUUCGUAAUUUGAUUGUAACCAACUGAGGAAACAACUUGUAAUGGAUGAGUUGUAUUUUUACAGAGAUUGCCUUUUCCAGGGGGAAAAUGAUUUUUAUUUUUUAAUGUUAUUUUAUAUGAAUAUAUAUAUAGACCUGUUGGUAAAAUCUCCCAUUAGUAUUAUAAGAUAGCCAGUCAUGUUUUCACACAGGUAUAAGGGUUUGGAACUAUUAAAAAGAUCUGGAUCUAACGAUUCUAAUCUAAUCUUUUUAUCGCUGCAUCAGCCAUCGCUGAUGCAGCUGCAUGCCGCUGCAUCUCAUGACUCAGAAGGACAACAAAAAUGUCCCCACAAAAUGUAAGCCACAAAAAUAUAAAUAUACAUUAAAUGCAGCAUUAUGUAAAAUCCCAUAUUUUUGACUCAGAUUCACAUAAUGUAAUGUAUUUUUUAUGGAGGAUAUUAUAUGCAAGUUGUCUGUUGCUUUAAAUUACUGUUCUUUUGAUAUUUGCAAAGUUUAAAUCAAAAAGCCAGAAGCCCUGUUCUUGUUUUGGACAAGGAUAGCUGGCCAAUAGGAGGAAAAGCCAGUACUGAGUGGGCGUGGCUACGCAGAGAGAGAAUCAUAUCACCCCGUACUGAUUGGACAAUGCCUACAGCCAAUCAGAUAUGGGUUGUCCAGACGUUGAGGCUAGAUUGUGGUAUCCUCUCCUUGCUCUCAAUCUAAUAAACCAAAAUGUAAAAAAAUAAGUUAAAAACUUCAACUGAAAGACAAAGGCCAGAAUGGGACAUUUUUUGUGUAGCACAAACCGUCUGGGAUUUAUGCAAAGCAGCAUUUUGCCUCGAUUGGCCUGCUGGAAGAAGUCUGAAACCGCUAGGGAGGAGUCUGCGAUACAGGUAUUUCAAACCAUAGACUGUAGAAAAACAUGGGCAAAGUCACCCGUUGACUCUCCAUGGGCUUGGUGAACAGCGUUUUGAAGCCCAGGAGGUGUAGUUCAUGAUUGCUGCCAUGUUGUACAAAUUGAAGCCAGAGAGUCUGGUCGUCCACUAAGCGCAUGAGAAACUGUGAUUCGUCUACAAAAUAUUACCAUAGUGUCCAAAUAGCACAGUAACUAGCAUCGCUAUAUGGGGAGAUGAAGAUUAUAGAAAAAACAUCUAUUGCGACUACUUUUUCUUGUGGAAAAAAAUGAUUGACUUUGUAUUUUUACCGUAUUGUUACCAUUGACUUGCAUUAAAAUGCAUGGCUGAAACACCUAUACUGGAGCCAACCGCACUGGCGCUAGUGAGCAAUGUCUCUUAACAAGACAAGGAAGUGAGCUUCAAAAAUGCAGCCCAGUUUCGGCCACAGACCAAUCGGUGAUGUUGCUACCCUUGGAGUUUACCAUGGUUAGAGCACAAGAACAAAGAGUAAUGGAUAGAGCUCCAUAUGGUUGGUGUUGCACAACAACCUUUUUUUAUUAGUUCCCUACACAUUGAAAUUUCUCAUCCAGGCCUGUGUGCUGUAAAUUGGGAGUAAUGAUUUACAAAUUCUGGGGCCAAUAUCAAUAACUGAUAUUUGUAUGGACAUACUACAUAUCGAUGCCGCUACCGUCCUGUUUACAUUAUAGCAUAAUGUAACACAUAGUGAAGGAAAACUACAGAAUAUUUUAUUUAAAAUGUUUCAACUAGUUAACUUUUUUCACCAGUGAGACGACAGCACUACUGAGACUGUAUUUAAAAUUUAAAUUUAAAAUUGGGUUCAGAUGAUUGCUACUUUUAGCAUGAUAUUUUCCACUCACUUUCCAGCAUCAGCACUACAUUGAAUGUGUCACCCCUCUUGCACAUUUGUGAUAUCAUCGGCCUACUUGAUCAGAUAUUAUCUUCGCAUUGGAGCAAUACCAAUGAGAUUGCGUUAAGCUACUAUUGGCCCAUACUGAUUACAACCCCUUUUUUGUCCUGAAUCUCUACUGUAAAUGACUCCUAACUACUAAUAGCUAAAGAUUGGUUCAAACCCCUGUGUCUAAACCAUAAUGUGUAGGUGAAUCGUUAUUUUUUUGUUGUUUUCUCAUACAUGUUGAGGUUUUUGUGCAAUGCCACAUACAGUGAGCUAUUGGUAUGUUUUGUGUUGUGUAUGGAAGGUGUCUUUUCAACAAUGGCACAAGUUUAGUAUUUGCACAAAAGUUCAAGGGCAAUCGCAACUUUCUGUGUCUGUUUACCAUGGAUUCAGAUAUCAGGAAACUGGAGGAUAAACAUGUUUUAAAAAUGUGUGAAAGGUCUGGGAGUUCUGGUGAAGAACGUGACUAACACUUUUACAAAUACCCCUAUAAUGUCCCUAAAAUGUGGGUUUUUAAAACAAUACAAUAAAAAUGAAUUCCACAAAGUGUUUUAACUGAAUAACCAACAAAAAUUACCUUAUCUAGGGCAGGGAUGUAUCCAGGAACUGUAUGUUCAUAUCGACCUGUCCACUGAUCUGUAGAGUAUAUAUGGACACUGGGGCAGAAACCCCACCACGUUGAUCAGUAAUCCUUUCAGAUCCGUGAAAUGUUUAAGGGAGAGAGGGAGGAUGUUCCUUUUGAUUGUUUGUCUCAGUGAGUAGAAAAUGGUCCUCACAAGUCUGGGUACCUAAAAAAUGUGUGUGUGAUUAGAAUGCAGCCACCUUUUUAUUUCCUAAGUGUGCAAGAGCAAUCUAAUGCUGUUACACACAGUUAAAGGAUGGGGAAGGGUUGGUGUGAGAAAUCAAGGGUGUUGCUGGACUUCCUUUUAUAAAAUCAAUCAUAGAUUUAUUUGAAUGAUAAAAUCUAGCAAAAUACUAGGAUACUAAAAUACUAAUAUUGAAUUAUUUAACCCCCCCUUAAAAAAAUCCUUCCAUAUUUGUGUUGUGUGUAACUGAUCAGGUGCUAAUAAUGGGGGCAUGGACAUAGAUCCUGUGGGACACAAGGGGGACCUGUCCACAGGUAUGACAGGAUUGUGACUCGCUCAAAAAGUGACAUCAGAAAACUCUAAGAAUCUUGUGAUGAUCUUACAAGGCAAAGAGGGCUGAACCUCCAUCUUUCAGCUUAACUUGAUGUUUUUUUUUUUAUAUUUGCAUUCAUAGAAAACCUAGUCCAAAUAAUCAAGUCUCAUUAUUUUUCCAUUGAGUCCUGAUGGGUUUUGUUCCAGUUGUGAGAUUAGCUGAUGGUACCGGUCUCCCUUCUUUUCAAACUAUGCCUCCACUGUUGGCAGAGUUUAAAAAUAAGGGUUUUUUUCCUUCUGAGUCUGCGAGUCCCUCAGUUCUUGCAUUACAGACUAAUACUUCCCUUGACUGUCUGCAUGAUGGACAUGGUGUAAUCAUCAUGCACACCUCCUUACAUGUUCCACAAACAGCCAAACCCAUUAAAGUGUUCUGCUGAUCCAAACCGGAUUCACUGCCAGCACCAAUGCAAUUUGCUCUUUGAGCAACUGCUAUUCAUCUAAUAAAAACCUACAGAGAUUACUUAUGCACAAUAAUGAUUUAAAAUUUUCCAAUUGUUUUUAUUUAACUGAAAUAAACAGAUCUGUAAUUGCCCUUCAGACAUCCAAAUGGAGAAAACUCUCCAUUGAUAAUGUCAUAAAUGCUACAGUAUAAUCAAAUAACAACAUAUAAAUCGCUAACUUGCCAGAAUAUAACAGUUGUUUGCUAUAAUAUGAUUUUUAAAAUGUAAUCACUGUGAUUGGAAGGAAACAAAUCACCUGUGCGACUUUUAGGGUGGGGUUAUCGGUUUUCUUUCAACAACAUGAACCAGUAUUCUGAGGUAUUCGUAACUGUAGAACUAAUAUACCAUUUGCAUUUACGGGUUUGUAUUGUUAUGGGAUGCGUCACUUAAUGACAGGUGUACUCUCACAAUGCAAUACAAGCCAAAAUGUCUGUUUCAGUCUGCCUGUGGCUUCAAAAUUCCAUUGCAGUUGGGGACUGGAAUCAACCAGGCUCAUGUCUACCUUUUCACCUUAAUAAAAAAAACACCCAUUCGUAAAAAUAAAAUCCUUUAUACCAAACUGUAGACAUGAUCUUGGCAAAAAAAAAAAAAAAAAAGUAAAAAUAGUCUUGUUCAAACAAGCGUCCUGGUGAUCUAGCCAGCAGAAAUAAUACACUAGCAGCAGGUUAUAGCUGGCUAUGGAAUACUAUUCGAGCUGAUGGGGAUUCAGAAUCCAGAGGGGGUGCAUGUCUCCUUUUCAUUGUCAUUACAAGAAAGACCGAUUCUCAAAGAAAUACAUGCAAGGAUCUUGUUCAAACAAGUUUUCCCGGUGACUUCCCGAUGCCACCAGAAAACAUGUACACGGGCAGCAGGUCAUAGCUAGCUGUAGCUCUUCUAUAUGCUGGGGAUUCAGAUUCCAGAAGGUGGCGCAUGUCUCCUUUUCACCGUAAUUACAAAAACACCCAUUCGUAAAACUAAAAUGCUUUAUACCACACUGUAGAUAAGAUCUUGACGAAGAAAUACAUGCAAGUAUCUUGAUGUUUAAACAAGUUUUCCUGGUGAAUUAGCCACCAGAAAACAUAUACACUGGCAGCAGGUCAUAGCUAGCUGUGGCAUAUUAUUCUAGCUGCUGGGGAUCCAGAUUCCAGAAGGUGGCGCAUGUCUCCUUUUCACUGUAAUUACAAAAAACACCCAUUUGUAAAACUAAAAUGCUUUAUACCACACUGUAGAUAAGACCAUGCCAAAGAUAUACAUGUAAAAAUAUUGUUGUUCAAGCGAGGUUUAGCUGUCUAGAAAUGUCAGAAAACAUUUUAUGGGGCCUCUUCCUUGGCAUAACUUGGACGAAUUGGAAUUGAACAAUCAAGAUUAUGUUAAAACGGGGAUUGGCAACAAUUAAUAACAUUUCAUUUCAGCAAAACAAAUUUCCUUCUGGGGUUAUUUUGAGUAAGAUAGCGAGCUUCAGAUUUUUUUUGGUGCCAUAUCACAUAUGAAAUGGCUGUAGAAGUUCCUCAGGAUGCUAGCAGCUGUAACGUUUUUAGGACACCUAAAUAUACGAACAAAUCAAUAAAUAACCGAUUAACAUUUGAAACAUUUCACAGUGAGUUUAUCUUGUGGUGAAAUUAGUAAUAAUGCCUUAAAUGUGGUUAGAUUUUUUAUAAUGACCCCACUGAUUUUGGUGAGGCUUUAAGUGCUGGCACAAAUGUUCAUGAACAGAGUCAGGUUUGCAUAAUCAUUUCUGACUUCAAAAGUAAAAAAGUAACAUCGCUGAAUUGUCUGUGCACUUUUGAAAUGAUUUAAUAUCUCGGUGUACUCCAAUUUUGUAUAUUUCCUUGUUUAAUGACCUGUUAAAUUGAGCCCAGAUGCAAAUUUUGUUUCAUGUUUGUGUGUGGAACUCCCAUUGUGAUUACAUUGCAGGCAGAACGUUCAACCUCCCUUCCAUAAGAGAUUGAUCUAGUACCAUUAUUGCAAGAUACUUUUAUUCUGUUACCUUUAAAGACAUUUGAAAAAUGGUAUGAAUCAUGUGUUACAUGGAAUUUACUUACAGAUUCAAAUUACUCAUAUAAAAUAAUGAAUAGCCAAGAUUCCGCUUAAUCUGAAUCUUAAAUGUAUAUAAACAUUUUUUUUUUUCGGUAAAACUGGUAAAAAUUAAAAUUUAAUAAAUAAAAAAAUACAUCACCCAUUCCCAUGGUGAUGUCAUGACCAUUAA